AUGCGAUCCAACUUGAACCUUCAGCGACUGGUACGGUCGGUCCCUCGCUGCGCCAUUCCACUUGUGCGGCCUGCUGCUGUCUUGCGGCCCUUUUCGAGCUCCGGACCUUCGCUUGACCGCGCCGCCCCGCGCGGUUGGACGCCCACGCCUUUUGUGACGGAGACGGUGGGAGGUGGUUGGCACACCUACGACAUCUUUUCGCGGCUCCUCAAGGAGCGCAUCAUCUGCCUCAAUGGCGAAGUCGACGAGACCCUGUCCGCCUCCAUCGUCGCCCAGCUCCUCUUUCUCGAAGCAGACAACCCCAAGAAGCCGAUUCACCUGUACAUCAACUCUCCCGGUGGCUCAGUCACAGCAGUCCUCUCUGCCCUCGCAGGCCUUGCAAUCUACGACACAAUGACCUAUAUCGCCUCCCCAGUAAGCACAAUCUGUGUUGGCCAAGCCGCCUCCAUGGGCUCGCUCCUUCUAUGUGGCGGUCAACCCGGCAAACGGUACUGCCUCCCGCAUAGCUCGAUCAUGGUGCACCAGCCGUCGGGAGGAUACUUUGGCCAGGCGAGUGAUAUCGCGAUCCAUGCGAAGGAGAUCCUGCGCGUCCGCACACAACUUAAUCAGAUCUAUCAGCGUCACCUGACUGGCAAGAAUCAGCUGUCGCUGGAUGAGAUUGAGAAGCUGAUGGAACGGGAUUAUUUCAUGGGGGCGAAGGAGGCGUUGGAGCUGGGCAUUGUGGAUGAAAUUUUGGAUCGGAGGGUGCAGAGCCAGGCGCAGGGCGGCGAGGGCGAGGGCAAGCCUCCCGCUAUUUAG